AUGUGCGCAAAGAAAGAAGAAGAAGUAGUAGAUAGUUCAGGAGCCAUGAACAACAUCCAAAAUUACCAAAAUGACCUCUUCUUCCACCAACUCAUCUCUCAUCAUCAUCACCAACAUCAUCACGACCCCUCUCAGCCCGAAACUUUCGGAGCUCCGAGUAACAACGUCGGAUCCGGAUUCACUAUCUACUCCCAAGAUUCCGUCUCCCCAAUAUGGCCUUCUCCGAUCCAACCACCGUUCGAUUCAUUUCCUCCUCCUUCUUCUCCAGCAUCUUUCUACGGGAGUUUCUUUAACAGAAGUCGAGCUCAUCAACAGGGACUACAGUUUGGGUACGAGGGUUUUGUUGGAGCCACGUCAGCAUCACAUCAUCAUCAUCAUAAUGAACAGCUUCGGAUCUUGUCAGAGGCUUUAGGUCCGGUAGUGCAAGCCGGGUCGGGUCCUUUCGGGUUACAAGCUGAGCUAGGAAAGAUGACAGCACAAGAGAUCAUGGAUGCUAAAGCUUUAGCUGCUUCAAAGAGUCAUAGUGAAGCUGAGAGAAGACGAAGAGAGAGAAUCAACAAUCAUCUCGCUAAGCUCCGUAGCAUAUUACCAAACACAACCAAAACUGAUAAAGCGUCGUUACUAGCGGAAGUGAUUCAACACGUAAAAGAGUUAAAGAGAGAGACUUCAGUGAUCUCAGAGACAAAUUUGGUACCAACGGAGAGCGACGAGUUAACUGUAGCUUUCACGGAGGAGGAAGAAACCGGAGAUGGCAGAUUCGUCAUUAAAGCGUCGCUUUGUUGUGAAGACAGGUCGGAUCUCUUGCCGGACAUGAUCAAAACGUUGAAAGCUAUGCGUCUCAAAACGCUCAAAGCGGAGAUAACUACCGUCGGAGGACGUGUCAAGAACGUGUUGUUUAUCACCGGAGAAGAGAGCUCCGGUGAGGAGGAGAUGGAAGAGUAUUGUAUAGGGACGAUAGAGGAAGCUUUGAAGGCUGUGAUGGAGAAGAGCAAUGUUGAAGAAUCAACUUCUUCUGGAAAUGCUAAGAGACAGAGAAUGAGUAGUCACAACACUAUUACAAUCGUCGAACAACAACAACAACAACAACAUCUCAGGUAA